ACAAAAUGUUAUACCUGAGAAAUCAGGUUCACCUUAUGGAUUGACCGUUCGUCGGAAUUCAUCAGAAAUAAAUUUGGUCCAACGAGCGUACAUACUCAGGUGACCCAAAACAAAUCUAAUUGACGUACAACUUUGUACAAUAAGUUUAAAAUUUUAAAGAAAAAUAGGUUUCGCUCAGUGCGGUAAAUCAUUUUUGGGUAUUCCGCCUAACUUCAGCUGUAGAAUAUUUUGUCUUUAUCAACGAAAAAUCUACAUUUCACUUCGUUUUGGUGAAUGCCAAAAUUGCAAGGAAAUUUGUUCAUCACCUGCCUUUGCACAGCGUUGGCUUUUGCUGCAGAAUUCAUUCACGAUGAACAGAUUGAACCUCGCGAACUGUCAAAAACUGAAACCGAAACAAAAAGUUCGCGGCCGAAAAAUAUUGAUUGCCUUCAGCGCACAUCGAAAGUUAUCGGUUCCUGGAAGUUCAAUCCGAAUAUCUGAAGUCGUUGGCGACUGUCCUCCGCAACAAAUAAUUACUCAGCAAAGAAUAAAAAUGACACAGAUGGCUUUUAAACUUUGUGACCAGGUGCUGAACGGCCUUGGACUGCUGACGUACUUAUUCCGAAAAGCGCUUAGCCCAACUGCCUCCUACUUUCACUUCCCUUUCAAGCCGUUGAGUGGAAAAGAUCAUCAAUCAGGCGAAAAAGCGGCCUAAAAUAUUGAAAGUCCCAACGAAAUACAAGUUUUUUUUUCCGUUCCCAAGAUAACGAAAAGCCGACCCAUGAUUGACAGAAUUCUAGGCGAUUAACAGCAACUACGGAAUAUUUGAAAAAAACUCUGCUUAAUUAUCUCAAGAACGAAAAGUGUUGUAUUCUCUUGCGAAGAAAAUAAACGAAAAUCAUUAGAAAACUUUUGGUUUUUUUGAUGACAUGAUUCUGAAUGAAACUAAAGAUUAAUCAAG